CGCGUCUGGAGUAGCGUCAUGCGCACUCGAUGACGUACUUCUCCCCACCCCUAGUUACCGCCACUUCCGGCGGUGCGGUCGCGUUCCCCAUAGCAACCGGUGACCAGAGGGAGUGAGGACCAGCAUGGACUCCAACUACCUGCGGGAUGUGCUGGGCUCGGGGCUGGCGGAGGGGCUGGCGGAGGUGGCUGAGCGGCGGCCCCUGGACCCCAUCGACUACCUGGCCCACUGGCUGUACAAGUACAAUAACAACUUGGAUAUACAGAGACAGGACAAGGAGGCAGAGGCUGAAAUGGGCAUGGAGAUAGAUGCCUACCUGAAGGAGCGGGUCAUCCAGGAGCAGCUCGACGAGGAACUGGUGCAGAUCGAACAGCUGUACGCGGCCAAGCUGCUGAUGGAGGAGGCCGCUGCCGAGGUGCGGUCCCACUCCACGCCGUCUACUCCCAAAGAAAUUACGGCCGCUGAAUGGACGUCCCAGGAGUCGGGGGCGUUGGAGAGCUCGUCGAGUCUGGUGCCGCCUGGCUGGGAGGGAGAGCCCGAUCUGGAGACCGUCACGGAGGAGCAUUAGGAAGCCCCAGACAUCGGAGCAGGGAAAUCGCGUGGAAGUCGAAAGGCAAAGGAGGAGGGAUAGAAGGAUCUGGAAGCAGGGGGCAGACAUCGCUGAGGCCAGCAGCCAAGCUCCUCCCCCUACUUCCUCCCCCUACUUCCUCACCCAUCACCUCUUCCGCUUCCCACCCCCUCACCUCCCCACCCUCACCUCC